GAAUACAAAGCCCCCAAUAGCCUAACAGCUUAACCUCACGAAAUGGUUAUCCCGUACAUUGUUCUAACUGUCGUCAUUCUGAGCUUAAACUUGGCUUUGGCUCGUCUGAAUCCGGAGCCCUCAAUAGACCCAAAUUGCACAUCAGUGCGCGACCUGUUUGCGAAUGCUUCAUCUGAGUUUAUUCAAUGCGCUAUCGAUCAUUCCAGACCAAUUACUCUAUGUGCAGACUGUGUCCAAGAGUAUCUUGAUGUGUUAAAUAGUUACAAUAAUAUCUCCAAGGCUUCCGAUAAUGGCACAUCUUGCCUGAAUAGUUUUGUGAACCUAGACAGGCUGGGAAUCGUGCAUACCCUGUAUGAGAAUAGCGUGAAUCUCUGGACCAGAGCCAAGUGCUAUGAAUGCUUCGCCUUGGCGAAUGGAACGAAUACUCCAAUACCUUCAGAUAUUUCCCAUGUAUUUCAGUCAUUAUAUCAGGAUUUUCAAGACUGCGUGAACAGAAGUCGUGAGGACGAUUGCACCAAGUGUAUGGACACUUACGUGAAGCUCCAGAACUAUUUCCUAAGCAUCAGUAAUGAGAAUGAAAAGAUCGGAGUUUGUAUGGACAUAGUAGACUUGAUGAAUACAACGUGGACUUAUUGGGGAGGCAGGUGUUGCAAAUUUCGCAGACAUAACGAGAUCGUUUUUAUCACAUCGACUGUGCUGGUACUUGUUGCGACCGUUUUAUUCUACAUAGUUGCCCAGAUUUAUACCAAAAAGAGAAUGCCCACUAUCAUGGAGCGUAAGUUAUUAACAGCUUAUUGUAACUGCGAAUAAUCUUAGUGAUUUUCAGAAACAAGGUUCUUAAGCACCUUAGAUAGGUAGGCACACUCUCACAACAGACUGAAUAUAGUUUAUUUAUGUUUAUAAUAUGUUUUAACUUGUGUUAAUUAAUUGAAUAAGAAUUCUAUUCCAAUAGUUAAA